AUGAAGAAAUUUAAACAACCCUCUCUCUCUCUUUUUUUACUUGUUCUCCUGGCAUCCAUAGUGGCAUCGCUUGAGGAGGAGAACCCAGAGUUCUGGAGGACUCAGGCCCAGGAGACGCUGCAGGCGGCUCUGAACCGCAAACUCAACACCAACGUGGCUAAAAACAUUGUGCUCUUUCUGGGCGAUGGCAUGGGAAUUACCACUAUGACAGCAGCACGGAUUCUGAAGGGUCAACUCCAAAACCACACUGGAGAGGAGACAGUUAUGACCAUGGACACUUUCCCUCAUGUGGGCCUAGCCAAGGUAUAUGCAGUAGACUUUCAGGUUCCAGACAGUGCUUCUACAGGUACAGCAUAUCUGUGUGGUGUCAAAACCAACUUCAACGUUGUAGGGGUCAGUGCAGCCGCACGUAAUGGAAUAUGCAGAACCCAGAAAGGCAAUGAAGUCACCUCCAUACUGCACUGGGCCAAGGAAGCAGGUAAGUCAGUUGGCAUCGUCACAACGACACGUGUUCAGCAUGUCACUCCUGCGGCAGCGUAUGCCCACUCCGCCAGCCGUAGUUGGUAUAGCGACGCCGACUUGCCGGCUGACGCCAAGAGAAACGGCUGCACUGACAUCGCAUCACAACUGAUCAACAACACAGACAUUGAUGUGAUUAUUGGUGGUGGGAGGAAGUAUAUGAGCCCGAAGGGCACCGCUGACCCAGAGUACCCGACUGACCCCAGUGCCAACGGACUGAGAGAGGAUGGCAGAGACCUUAUAAAAGAGUGGCUGAAAAUGAAAGAGGGAAAGGCUGCUCAGUAUGUCUGGAAUAAAGCAGACUUUGAUGCCAUAGACCCAGCCAAGACAGACUACCUCAUGGCACUGUUUGAACCAGGGGAUAUGCGUUAUGAGUUGGACAGAGACAGUAAAAUGGAUCCAUCCAUCGUAGAGACCACGGAAAAAGCCAUCCGCGUUCUACAGAAAAACCCCAAAGGAUUCUUCCUAUUGGUAGAAGGUGGCCGUAUCGACCAGGCUCACCAUGAGAACUGUGCCUCCAAGGCUCUGCAUGAGGCCGUCGCCCUUGACUACGCUGUGGAACGGGCACUGACACUGACCAAUGAGGAGGACACACUGACUGUUGUCACAGCUGACCACUCCCACCCCUUCACCAUUAACGGAUUCACCUUCAGAGGGAGCAGCAUUCUGGGUAAAGUUCCACUGUGGGGAACAGAUUUUCUCCCGUUCACUACACUGAUGUACGGCAACGGCCCUGGACACAAAAUCGUCAACAACAAGAGACCAGACAUCCGCAAGGUUGACACCAAAACGAAGGACUAUGUUCAGCUGGCGGCGGUGCCCAUGGCAAAGGAGACCCACGGUGGGGAGGAUGUUGCCGUGUUGGCCCGUGGCCCCAUGGCCCAUCUCUUCCAGGGCGUAAAUGAACAGAGUUACAUCGCUCAUGCCAUGGCUUACGCAGCCUGCGUCGGCCAGAACCAACGCCACUGCCACGUUACCAUGACGACAGCAUCCCCGGAACACCCCCCCGAGAACGCAGGCAUCAUAGAGAACCGGCACAUGGGAGAUCUGUUGCGAAUGUUCUUAGACGUCUUGUAUGAUGAAGACGUCAUUAAAGAGGAGGGUUUCUACAAGUGGGAGUCGAGUAAGGACCCAGCUGAACAACAGAGCAAGGGUGUGGCCCUCAAAUCUGUCACCGCCUUCUUCACCUGGUUACGGGAGGCCGAGGACGAAUCAGAUAACAGCUAG